GACCGCGCCGAGCUGCUUUGCGUGCGGUAGUGGGGGAGCGGUGCGCGGAGCGGAGCCGACACCCACCCGGAGAAGAGAAGACUCUCCUCCCUCUCUCUCGCUAUCUCCUGUGCUCCUGCCGCCACCGCCGUCAUAAGAGUCAGAGAGAGGCGGAGGACGGGUUUCCCUAGGAGACCGCCUGGUUUGCGGGCUCUCCGGCGAGGCAGGGACCGCGCGGGGUCUGGUGCUGAUUUGGGAGCUUCGCGGAGCCGGCGCGAAGACCUCAGGGGAUGGGGUGGCUUUGCUGCUGCAAACGGCCGGACGGGAAGAAAAAGAGGAAGGAUACAACAUGGCGGAUCUUCUCGCUGAAGGAACUACAGUCCGCAACGAACAAUUUCAACUACGAUAACAAGCUUGGCGAGGGCGGGUUCGGCAGUGUCUACUGGGGCCAGCUUUGGGACGGAUCACAGAUUGCUGUGAAAAGGCUUAAGAGUUGGAGCAACAAGGCUGAAAAGGAGUUUGCCAUCGAGGUUGAGGUUUUGGCACGAGUGCGGCACAAGAGCCUUUUGAGCCUACGUGGAUAUUGUGCUGAAGGCCAGGAGCGUCUGAUAGUCUAUGACUAUAUGCAGAACCUGAGCUUACACUCUCACCUACAUGGACAGCACGCAGCUGAAUGCCAUCUUAGUUGGGAACGAAGAAUGAAUAUCGCCAUUGAUUCAGCUGAGGGCAUUGCCUAUCUUCAUCAUCAUGCGAUCCCACAUAUCAUUCAUAGAGAUGUCAAGGCAAGCAAUGUUCUCUUGGAUGCGAAUUUCCAAGCACGGGUAGCUGAUUUUGGUUUUGCAAAGCUCAUUCCAGAGGGUGUAACCCAUGUCACCACGAAGGUGAAAGGUACGCUCGGUUACCUUGCACCAGAGUAUGCCAUGCUUGGUAAGGCCAAAGAAAGCUGUGACGUCUACAGCUUCGGAGUACUGCUGCUUGAGCUUGCCAGUGGAAAGAAGCCAGUUGAGAAGAUAAACCCCACUACAAAGCUAACCAUCACCGAGUGGGCUCUUCCACUCGCUUGCGACAAGAAGUUCAAGGAAAUGGCUGAUCCAAAGCUGAAGGACAGCUUCAUUGAGGCUGAAGUGAAGCGGAUGGUGCUCGUCGGGCUUGCUUGUACCCAGAAGAAGCCAGAACAAAGACCAAUAAUGUCUGAAGUUGUUGAGUUGCUCAAGGGAGAAUCUGCUGAAAAGUUAUCCAACUUGGAGAACGGUGAGCUGUUCAAGCCUGAGCAGGCCAGCUCUUGCCAGGGAACAUCUGGUCCUAAUAGCUCAGAUGUUAUCACUGAAGAGAAGGAUUCAAAAGAAGAUACGAUAGAGGAGGCAACGGAUUCAAGUGAGACAGUACCCUCAGUUAGGUAGUUUUAUCCACAAAGGCGAAAGGUGUUGUAUAUCCCUUCAUGGGAAAGUAUGGUUUGUCUGUGUAUCAUUGUGUGCGUGUCUGACUGCUCCUUGUUGUUGGUACCUUACUUGGGUCGCUUCCAGUCCAGUGUAUGGUUGAUUUGUUUUCGUAUGAUUGUGCUAUGGAUUGUAAAAUUCUGCAUGGGCUGGUUCCAACAGUAAAUGUUGAAUGUAUUCAUGUUGUUACCGUUUAGCUAAUGUAACUCAUCAAUUAUUGGUGUGCAAAGCCUAUAAUUGGUGUGCAAAGUGUGUAAUUCAACAACUUGAUGCUUCUGAGUAUAUUUUGGCUGCGCAGAAUUCAGCAAGAUUUA